CACCAGGAAGUAAAUAAACUGCCUUCCCGCGCAGUUAAACUGGCUCAAAAAAGACGUUUGCAUACACGGGUAAUCAAACAAAAAUGGACGAGCUUUAUUUGGAUAAUAUCGACGAAUAUGUCAACGACCACGACAAGAUAGUGACCUACAAAUGGCUGAGUCUCACUCUCGGUGUCCAUGUCAACACAGCAAAACAAAUGCUCUAUCAUUACCUGGAUCACAAGAGGAAAGAAAGCUCAGCUCAGCUUCAUGCUACCUAUCUUGUGUCGGGGAAGUUUGUGGACAACGGCCAGGCGAGUCACAAGGUGUCCGUUGUCAGAGAGGAGCAGUUGGAAGACUUCAAAGCCAAGAUGAGCUUGAUAGUCAGUGUCCAUGUGUACAGUGUCCAGAAAGCUUUACUGAAAGACAGCGGUCCUCUCUACAGCGUCGACUAUGAUGCUGUGAAAGACAAUCUGAAGAACUGCAGCAGAUACAGCGCGAUCCGCUGUGCCUCUGCGGUACCCAUGUCCUCUCUAGAGCUGCAGCGUGCGAGAGAAGUGCAGCAGGCUCCUACACCAGAGCCUGAAAUCAGAAAGUCUGGCAUGAACGGAGAAGCUAAUCUAGGUUCAAAACCUUCCACCAAGCCGCAAAAAGGCAUCAUGGGACUGUUUGCAAAUAAAGCUACUCCUAAAAACCAGGACAGUAGCAAAGAGAUAAAGUCAGAGGUGAAGGAAGAUGCACCUGUUGUUGAUUCCACCAAAAGCAAACCAGCUGUAAAGUCGAAUCCUGUGAUGAACUUCUUUGGGACUCAAGCAACAAAGAAACCAGAUAAAACUGUGAAGGAGGAAGAACCUGCUCAGUCGUCUUCCUCAGCAGAGCAACGGCAUGCAAGUUCACAACCUGAAGAAAAACAAGAAGCUGCUGCGGUGGAGCCGAAGGACACUAAGAAAGACUCGAGGAGCAAAACCAAGAGAAUAGAGGAUUCUGACAGCGAGGAGGAGAAAAUGGAGAAGAAAAAGAGACGAAGGAUUAAGAAGCCUGAACCAGACAGCAGCGAUGAAGAUGUCAUUCCAGAUUCUCCACAGCAGGUGGAAACAAGAGAACCGUUACCACCACGUCCUAAAAAAGAGGUUGAAACUGUUUCACAUCCGGGGAGCUCUGAAAUGAAGGUGAGGAAGAGGAGACGAGUCCUGAAAUCUCGUACGUUUGUGGAUGACGAAGGAUGCAUCGUGACGGAGAAAGGCUACGAGAGCGAAUCGUACUCUGAAACAGAAGACGACGCUCCGCCCACCAAACAAGCUCCAAAACAUCCCUUUCCUGCAAAACAACCGACAAGUAACAAAGAGGACGUGAAGAAAAGUCAGAAGAAAGCUUCUGCAAACGCAAAUAAAGGAACUAAACAAGCUUCAAUUAUGGGAUUUUUCCAGAAGAAAUGAUGCAGGACAGAGUCAGACACUUUUAUUAGCUUUUGAGGAACAACAAGCACUGCUGCUGACGUCCUGUUAUGAUCUUUUGGUAAAACUGAGUCUCUCAGUUGACACAAAUCACAUGGACGCCCGCAGCAACACACUAUUCACUUAAACACAUGGACGUGUCCAGUUUGGGAUGAAAAAUCAACGUACCAGCUGUGAAUACAUGUCGUACUUAAUAAACGUUGAUGGAAAAUGAAACUAAAUAUGUGUUUUGCCUCAAAAUAGAAACGGGGGUGUGUUGUUUGAAAACAUAUUCAUAGUAUAUAGUGUGGUGCAGUUACUUGUUGCAUCAUUAAGGCUCUAAUUAUAGUAGAAAACUGGUAUCUUUGUGUGACCUGGUAACCUGCUGGUUAUGAUAAAUACCACAUAACCACAGUGUCCAGGAUCGAACUUUGCUGUUGCAUGUCGUUCCCCGUCUGUCUCUAAAACCCCUUGUUUCUUCUCAUCUCUAUAUACUGUUGCUAUGUAAUAAAAAAAAUACAAAACAAAAUA